AUGGAGGUCUCUACGGCUUCAGAAAUCUUGAUCCUCCUUGCUGCCUUGAUUUGGCCUUGCGCUGAAAACAUCAACGUGAAAAUAAGUUGUUCUAUGGACUGGUUGAUGGUCUCUGUAAGCCCAUGUGCGUACAGCAGCAAUUUGUAUAUUUUUGCUGAUGAAUUAUAUCUGGGAUCGGGUUGCCCUGUGACUCGGAUACAAACAUAUGCCUAUGAUUUUAUAUACCCUGUGAAUGACUGUGGGAUCAGGACAAAGGUUGUUUCAGAGGAUACUCUCCUUUUUCAAACAGAGGUGUACUUUAACCCUAGGAAUAUACAUUGUGACCAUCAGAAAAUCCCUUUGGAAUGUUCUGCCUCUAGGAAAUCAGUGUGGCUUACACCAGUUUCUACAGAUAAUGAAAUAAAAUUGGAUCCCAGUCCCUUUAUUGCUGAUUUUGAGACAACACCAGAAGAGUUAGGAUUAUUAAAUUCUAGUCAAACUGACUCCAUAUUUAAGGAGAAAUUGAAACUUGGAAAGACGCAGAUUCACCUUUGUGGAUGCCAGACCGUCUCAUCAGACAUGUCGGGGCCUCCACCCGCACCCCUAUACUUUCCAGUCAAGCGCAAGUCGCCACCUCCGGAGACAUAA